AUUUUAUUAAUUAAACACAACACAGACGUACUUAAUUUUCAAACAAAAUAUUUAAUUAAAACAAAUUUAGUUUAACAAAAUAUAUACAAGCCAAGUACUUAAAAUAGUUUUUAAACAACGCGUAGAAUAAUUAAUAACUUUUGUAGUCAAUUAAAAACAAAGUAGACUUUUUGCAAAAUGUGUGCAUCAGCUUCACUAGAUAAUGGUACAUCAUCAUCUCAUUCAAAUUCGGAAAGUAUUGAGUUAAAUGAAGACAAUGCCGAAGAAAACAUACCAAUACCAGCUAUAACAUCGCUUGAAGAAAUCUUGGAGCAUUAUGGACCCAAUUUUAAAUUGUUGCAAUGUAAUGCACAAGUUGGAGAACUAUUGACAAUUAUAAGGGAUAAGAAUACUUCACGCAGCGAUUUCAAGUUUUAUGCUGAUCGCUUAAUACGUCUAGUCAUAGAGGAGUCGUUAAAUCAAUUGCCCUAUUCGACCUGCAGUGUGGAAACUCCCACCGGAGCCAUAUAUGACGGUUUAAAAUAUCAAUCCGGCAAUUGUGGUGUAUCAAUUAUACGGUCAGGCGAAGCCAUGGAACAAGGACUGCGUGACUGCUGUCGUUCCAUUAGAAUUGGCAAAAUUUUAGUAGAAUCUGAUUCGGAUACUCAUGUGGCACGUGUUGUCUAUGCACGUUUUCCUGACGACAUAGCACGUAGGCAAAUAUUACUCAUGUAUCCUAUAAUGUCAACCGGUAAUACGGUAAUACAGGCUGUUAAUGUUCUUAAAGAACAUGGUGUUCCCGAGAAUAGUAUAAUUUUAUCAAAUCUUUUUUGUACUCCAAUGGCGGCUAAAUGUAUUGUUAGCGCUUUUCCUCGUUUAAAAAUCUUAACCUCAGAGUUGCAUCCUGUGGCUCCUAAUCAUUUUGGUCAGAAGUAUUUUGGCACCGAUUAAUAACUCUACAUUAUAAACGAUAAACGCACGACUUAUUUUCUCUACAUACAUUAUACUAACUACUUACUAUAUAAGAUAAACAAAAAUAUAUUAAAGGAACUUUAUAGCUUAAGCUGCAAUUCAACUAGAAUUUAUUUCUGUGUAUUGUAUGUACUCUUGUUCAUUUUUAUUCACAAAUUUUUUUGCCAAACUUUUUUGUACAUACAACAAUAUAAAUUAUUAUUUAUUGGAUGGAUUUAUUUUACAAAUUUUACAAAGAAAAAGAUAACAAUAAAGUUUUAGUUAAAAAUAGGUGAAAUGACA